GUUGGUAAUUCUAUAAAAUUCAACAUGGCUGUCAAUAUGUAUACGUAUCGAUGUACGUUCACUUUUUUUUAUUGACGCAUAGUAUAGUGAAUACAUACCAUAACAAAUGAUAUGUUUUCUCUUUUGCAAAUUAAUGGAUCACUUUACUAAAGAUGAGCGUAACUUUACAUACUGACGUUGGAGAUAUAAAAAUAGAAUUAUUUUGCGAAUUAUGCCCAAAAACGUGCGAGAACUUUCUCGCUUUGUGUGCUAGCGAUUACUAUGACAAUUGUUUAUUUCAUAGAAAUAUAAAAGGUUUUAUCGUGCAAACUGGAGAUCCUACACAUACUGGUAAAGGUGGAACAUCGAUAUGGAAUCGUAAAUUUGAAGAUGAAUUUAAAGAAGAAUUGAAACAUAAUGCAAGAGGAUUGAUUUCUAUGGCUAACAAUGGUCCAAAUACGAAUGGAAGUCAAUUUUUUAUAACAUAUGGACCUCAACCACACUUGGACUUGAAAUAUACUUUAUUUGGAAAAGUAAUAGAUGGUUUAGAAACUCUUGAACAGCUGGAAAAAUUACCAGUAAAUCCUAAAAAUUACAGACCGCUUACAGAAACUCGAAUAAACAGUGUAACUAUACAUGCUAAUCCUUUAGCAGGAUAAAUAUAGAUAUAUUAGAAAAACACAAA